UAUACUGAAUGCAUUUCAAACCAUGCAUGAUACAAAACAUGGCAACAAAAUUGUUCACUUUCAACAUGCAAAUAUCCAUUUUUACUAUCCUAUUUCUUUUGCUCUCUACCAAAUCUUUUGCAACUUCAAAUUCCAUCACAGACAACUUCAUUCAAUGUCUAAACCGCCGAUCAAACCCUUCUUUUCCGAUCAACGGAACACUCUACACUCCGGGCAACUCAUCUUUCCCAACCGUCUUACAAACUUACAUCCGAAACCUUAGAUUUAACGAAUCCACAAUUCGAAAACCAAUCCUUAUCAUAACGGCUACACAUGUUUCACACAUCCAAGCCGCCGUUGUUUGUGGCAAAGCAAAUCGGUUGCUAAUGAAAACUAGAAGUGGUGGCCAUGAUUAUGAAGGGCUUUCCUAUGCAACAAACACUAAUGAACCCUUUUUCGUUGUUGAUAUGUUUAAUAUAAGGUCCAUAAAUGUGAAUAUUGACCAAGAAACCGCUUGGGUCCAAGCUGGUGCCACACUUGGUGAAGUUUACUAUCGAAUAGCUGAAAAAAGUAACACCCAUGGAUUUCCUGCCGGGGUUUGUCCUACGGUUGGAGUUGGGGGACACUUUAGUGGUGGCGGAUAUGGAAACUUAAUGAGAAAAUAUGGUUUGUCUGUUGAUAACAUUGUUGAUGCACAAUUAGUUGAUGUUAAUGGCAAGCUUUUGAAUCGAAAAACCAUGGGUGAAGAUUUGUUUUGGGCUAUUACUGGUGGUGGUGGUAUUAGUUUUGGUGUUGUUCUUGCCUACAAGAUCAAACUUGUCCGGGUGCCACAAGUUGUUACAGUUUUUAACAUAGAAAGAACAUCGGAACAAAACCUUACUAAUAUCGCUCACAAGUGGACUCAAGUUGCAGAUAAGCUUGAUGACGACAUUUUUCUCCGAAUGAGAUUUAGUGCUAUGAACAACACGAAUGGUGAGAAGACCAUUCGUGCUGUGUUUCCAACGUUGUACUUAGGAAACUCAACGAAUCUUGUUACAAUCUUGGAUAGAGAUUUCCCGGAAUUAGGGUUACAAAAGUCGGAUUGUAUUGAAAUGAGUUGGAUCGAGUCUGUGCUUUUCUACACAGACUUCCCCAUUGGUACCCCAACCACCACUCUUUUAAGCCGUACACCUCAAAGGCUUAACCCAUUCAAAAUUAAAUCCGACUACGUGAAAAAACCUAUUUCUAAACAAGGGUUUGAGUUCAUAUUUGAAAAGAUGAAAGAACUUGAAAACCAAAUGUUAGCUUUCAACCCAUAUGGUGGAAGAAUGGGCGAAAUUUCUGAAUUCGCAAAGCCUUUCCCACAUCGAGCAGGGAACAUAGCAAAGAUUCAAUAUGAAACGAACUGGGAUGAACUUGGCGUUGAAGCCGAAACUCGAUUCUUAAACUUCACAAGGAUUAUGUAUGAUUACAUGACUCCGUUUGUGUCUAUGAACCCUAGAGAAGCAUUUUUAAAUUAUAGGGAUUUGGAUAUCGGUUUCAAUACUCAUGGAAAGAAUGCUUAUGUUGAAGGGAUGGUUUAUGGGCACAAAUAUUUCAAAGAGACUAAUUACAAAAGGUUAACAAGAGUCAAGACCAGAGUUGACCCUGAUAAUUUCUUUAGGAAUGAACAAAGUAUCCCAACUUUGUCAUCUUAAAGGAAUUACACUUUCUUGAGUGUAAUUAAUAGGGAAUGGAUUGGAUUACAUAUAGUUCGCUGUUAUUUAAUUUUAUUCUUAUUCUUAAGUUUUGACUUGUAGCUUAUGCAGUCAAAAUUAUGUAAAAGUUUGAUGAAUUUUGAUUUUAUGGUGUCUGUAAAAUACAUAUGUAAUAAAGAUUUGAUGAUCUUGAUUCAUUUAAUUUAAGCUAGUAUUAUGUCUUUUUUUUGGUAAA